UUUUGAGAUGCGCGCUCUAUGAGAUACAGAUACUCGUUCGUAACGGACGGCCAACCUGAGAUACUCGAUCGCGAGCUUUGUUGUUGGCCAAACGAAAGUGAAAACUGAAUACACAAAUUUACAUAAAGCGGAAGAAAAAACAAAACCGGGAAAUGUGAAAAAUGUGCGGAACAGUGAGAUGAAAAGAGAUGCCCGUUUGUCCGCUAUGCGUGUGUGUGUGUGCAGCUGCGGCCGUAGCAGCUGUUAGUAUGUGUGUGUACCGAAAAUGCAAGAGUUUGGGCUGCAAAAACCACAACAAAAAUAAAAACAAACAAGGCUAAAAGUUAAUGUUUUUAUCCGUCUGGGAUUAAUAUCUAUUUAUAUAUUGCGAAAUGCCCGAAAAUUCGAACAAAAGCAAAGAACUCGUUACGCUGCAUUUGGAUUUCUUGGAGGCAUCUGAAAAAUCGAUUGACCGCAGCAAAACUGGGGACCACAAAAUAAUGGAGGAUUUUGAGUCCUUGGAAGGAGCCGAACUGGUCGGUAAAUCAACCAAAGAUGGCGAGAUAAGGGCCCAUUUCCAGUGAGCUCCAGCUAGUUGUUUGAUUCCGGAAGACGAUAACGAGUCGCAAAAAUGUCGAAAAUGAGGGGUCGCAUUCUGAUCCCCCUGCCGAACACUGGAGCAAUGGGACGCAAGCGCAACAACUUCUACAUGCGGAGUUUGUUCCUGCUGGCCCUCUGCAUCUUUGGUCUGCUGCAGUACCACAAUUUUAACUACUUGGACUCGCGGGACAACGUUUUGGGCGAUGCGGUCACCAAUGACUCGGAUGAUGCCAUUUUGGCCAUGGUGCCCGCCACUCUUCACAAAUAUCUGACGCCCCAUUCCCGUAAUCACACCACUUCGGGUGCAGGAGUUAUUUCCGGAGGGGCCCUGCUGCUGAAUGCAAGUAGUUCGGGAGCUGCUACUGCCACCACAAUCAGCUUUGAUGUCUAUCAUCCUCCGAAUAUUACGGAGAUAAAGCGUCAGAUCGUGAGGUACAACGAUAUGCAGUCGGUGCUAAAUGAGGAUGUGUUCGGGCCCCUGCAAAACGACUCUGUGAUAAUUGUUGUCCAGGUGCAUACGAGGAUAACCUAUUUGCGCCACUUGAUUGUAAGUCUGGCGCAGGCUAGAGAUAUUUCCAAGGUGCUACUGGUGUUCUCGCAUGACUAUUACGACGACGACAUCAACGACCUGGUUCAGCAGAUCGAUUUCUGCAAGGUGAUGCAGAUUUUCUAUCCGUACUCCAUACAGACACAUCCUAACGAGUAUCCUGGCGUGGAUCCGAACGACUGCCCGAGGAACAUUAAAAAGGAGCAGGCUCUUAUUACCAACUGCAACAAUGCCAUGUACCCCGAUCUCUAUGGCCACUAUCGGGAGGCAAAGUUUACGCAGACAAAGCACCACUGGAUUUGGAAAGCGAACCGAGUGUUCAAUGAACUCGAGGUGACCCGCUAUCAUACAGGCUUGGUCUUAUUCCUCGAGGAAGACCACUAUGUGGCCGAAGACUUCUUAUACCUGCUGGCCAUGAUGCAGCAACGAACCAAAGACUUGUGCCCCCAGUGCAACGUGCUAUCCCUGGGCACCUAUCUCAAGACCUUCAACUACUACACGUACCACAGCAAGACUAACAAGAAAUCCUAUGCUUCCUCGCUGAUCUCGACAAACAGUCUAUUAGGAUACAAUAGGAAUAAAAAUAGAAACUCUGUGCAAUUAGCUGUGUCGUCCUCCUAUUCCUCCUCAUCAUCUGCGCAAUCACCACCGUCAUCCAAAGUCUAUGUGGGCGACACCGCUGACAACCAGAGAGCCAGUGAUACCAGUAACAAGCGGGGCAACCUCAUCAACACUGUCACCGCCACCGCCGCCACAUCCGACACCACCAAUAAUAACGAGCAAAGUAGCCAUAGCAGCAGCAAAAAUGGUGCACAAACAUGGAACUAUCAUGUCCUGCCGUCAUUGUAUUCCGUCUAUCAGAAGGUGGAGGUUAUGCCCUGGGUCAGUAGCAAGCACAACAUGGGCUUCGCCUUUAAUCGCACCACCUGGUCGCAUAUCCGGAAGUGUGCCCGCCAUUUUUGCACCUACGAUGAUUACAACUGGGAUUGGUCUCUGCAACAUGUUUCCCAGCAAUGUCUGAAGCGAAAACUCCACGCGAUGAUCGUCAAAGGUCCGCGGGUAUUUCACAUCGGAGAAUGUGGCGUUCACCACAAGAACAAGAACUGCGAGUCCAACCAGGUGAUCUCAAAGGUGCAGCACGUCCUGCGGAUCGCCAAGAACUCGCACCAGCUCUUCCCGCGUUCCCUUACCUUAACCGUGCCCAGUUUAAUGAAAAAGUCGAAACUACGGAAGGGCAACGGAGGAUGGGGCGAUCUGCGGGAUCAUGAGCUGUGCCUAAACAUGACGCUGCCCACAAGGUAAAAGGCCAGGAAAGCCAGUACCCAGAACAUAAACCGCCAAAGGAGGCGAAACCGGAAACGGAAACCAAUCACGCAGUCAGUAGGAAGCCAGGAAGCCUAGCUCAUAGCAUUAUCUAAGUAGGAAUAUUAAGCAGUAGCCUUAAACACUGUAAACGAACAUUCAGCAAGUACUCCGUAUCAGCUAACUAACCGAAAAUUAUCGAAGCCAGAAGCCCAAAGACCCUCGCCUUGGGCGCUGCACAACUCAUACUAUAAGUAAUGCUCUAGUCACAUUGAUACAAAUAUAACGCCGUGUUGUAAUCUCCUACCUUGAACCGUUUGCCCUUCAGCUCGUCGAUAAUCACUUUGUAUUCUUUAGGCUCCGUCCAGAUUCAAAGAUCGUCAGAGGUUCGGGCGACGGGGUAGUAAUCCUUAUAACUGAAACUAAUCCUACGAAUACUAAAGAAUAACUAUAUUUAAAUCGUAUCCCCAGAUUGUGCCGAAGCCGUUUUGUAAACGGUCACGUAACUCGAGUCUAGAGGCAGCAAAUCGCAUAAACUAGUCAUAGCAAUGUACCACAUGCACAUGCAUUAACACAUAGAUAAAACUUUUGAUAUAUCCUAAAGUCCUACAUUUUAAGCCUGUAAAUAGAUGAAUUGCGUUGUAUACAUUUCAUAAGGUCUUUUUAUGAUGUAAACGCGGAGUGUAAUUUGUUAUUUUUUAAUCGUUAGUCCAAACCGCUUUUAUGUAUUAGGAAUUUUGAUUAAUUAAACGAAUAAUCUUAGUAAAUAAACGCCAAGAAAAUGCUCUA